CAGCCGCCUAUUAUCUGUCUUAACUCUUAAACAACACAAUUAAUCAAUUUCCAAAUCAACUUAUCUUUGAUUCUUCUCUCGCAACGCGUCUCCUGGAAUAGCGGUUUCCCUUCCAAAAUUCAGUUUCCAUUUUCCUAUGAAAAUGAAGUAAAUACCACACAGAUGCUGCCUUCCUCAAGUGGCUACUGAUUCUCGAGAAGAUGAGAGGAUCCUCCCCUAGUAUCGUUGAGCCCAGGCACCGACUCUCUGCUUCAGUAGAAGAGACAUCCAGAAGAAAGUCCUUUAGAGAUAAGGGUCUUAGAGAUGUUGAAAAGGCCCUGCAAGUUCCCAUCCAAUAUAGGAAUUUGAACUGCAAGAUAACUACUCUGAAAAUUGUGCUGGUGAUCAUUGCUUUGGGAACUUUGAUCACUUUCUUCCACUCUCCAGCGGUUCAUAUUGCAGAUCACCCUUCUACCUCUGGAUCUAGGCCAAGUCUUGUAGACCUAUGGAUAGGAGAGGAUGCUGCCUCAGAUCCUCGUUAUAUCUCAACUGCAGACAUCGACUGGGACCAGAUCUCGGACUUUAUUGACAGACUAAAUGACAGUGCUGAAUAUCAGGGCAUUGGCUUGUUAAACUUUAAUGUGAGUGAGAUUGAUAAUUGGAAGCACCUGUUACCAGAUAUUGAGCAUGUUGUUCUAAACCUUGACCAUCUACCAAAAAAUGUAACGUGGGAAUCCCUGUACCCUGAAUGGAUAGAUGAAGAAGAAGAAUUUGAGGUUCCCACUUGUCCUUCAGUGCCCAAACUUAAAGUUCCUGGCAAGCCUCGUAUUGAUGUCAUUGCUGUCAAGCUUCCAUGUGACAAGUCAGGAAGAUGGUCAAGAGAUGUAGCUCGUUUGCACCUGCAGCUUGCAGCAGCAAGUCUUGCUGCUUCUGCUAAAAGUUAUCAUCCUGUUCAUGUGCUUUUGGUGACUGAUUGCUUCCCAACCCCAAAUCUGUUUACUUGCAAGGAGCUUAUUUUUCAUGAAGGGAAUUUAUGGCUGUAUCAACCCAACCUUAACGUGUUACGAGAAAAACUACAGCUCCCAGUGGGGUCAUGUGAACUUGCAGUUCCUCUCAAGGCUAAAGAGAAUUUCUAUUCAGAAAGAGCACAUAGGGAAGCAUAUGCAACAAUCCUGCACUCUGCACAUGUUUAUGUGUGUGGGGCGAUUGUUGCUGCUCAGAGCAUUCGUAUGGCAGGUUCAACACGGGAUCUUGUAAUACUGGUUGAUGAAACAAUUAGUGAUUAUCAUAGAGGAGGAUUAGAGGCUGCAGGCUGGAAAAUCCAUACAAUCCAAAGAAUCAGGAACCCGAAAGCUGAAAAGGAUGCUUACAAUGAAUGGAACUAUAGUAAAUUUCGACUCUGGCAGUUGACAGAUUAUGACAAGAUCAUUUUCAUUGAUGCUGACAUGCUUAUACUGAGAAAUAUUGAUUUAUUGUUUGAGAUGCCAGAAAUUACUGCUAUAGGGAAUAAUGCUACCCUGUUCAACUCUGGAGUGAUGGUGGUUGAACCAUCAAAUUGUACGUUCCAGCUCUUAAUGGAUCACAUCAAUGAGAUUGAGUCAUACAAUGGUGGGGACCAGGGUUAUCUGAAUGAAAUUUUCACAUGGUGGCACCGGAUUCCUAAACACAUGAACUUCCUGAAACACUUUUGGGAAGGUGAUGAGGAGGAGAAGAAACAAAUGAAAACUCAUCUCUUUGGUGCUGAUCCUCCAAUCCUUUAUGUUCUACACUAUCUGGGUAAUAAACCCUGGAUAUGCUUCCGGGAUUAUGAUUGCAACUGGAAUGUAGACAUUUUGCAGGAGUUUGCUAGUGAUGUUGCUCACAAAACAUGGUGGAAGGUGCAUGAUGCUAUGCCAGAAAACUUGCACAAGUACUGCCUCCUUAGGUCCAAGCAAAAGGCAGCAUUGGAGUGGGACCGGAGGCAAGCUGAGAAAGCUAAUUACACUGAUGGUCAUUGGAAAAUCAAGAUAAAAGACAAACGUUUGAAAACUUGCUUUGAAGAUUUCUGCUUCUGGGAGAGUAUGUUAUGGCACUGGGGUGAAAAGAAUUGGACAGACAAUGCAACAAGUGUUGCUCCAUCGCCUCCUCCUCCUGGUGCUAUUACUGCCUCGUCUCUCUAAUCUUUGUGAUUGGUUAUUCUUUCAUAAUUACAAUUUACUUGUGGAUGACACAGAAUUGAAUGAAUUGAAAAUUGAGCUAUGGAUUCAGCAACUGUAUCAACAUAUAUAGGGUCAAUUGCUGUUAUUAGAAUGUGCAUCUUCAUUUGUUCUGAA